AUGAUCUCGGCACUCCGACCCGCCGCCUCGCGCGCCCUCGUGGCCCAGCCGCUUAAGGCCAUUGCACCGGCACGCCGCCUCGCCUUUGCCCCCUCGGCGGCCUCGCCCUUUUCGACGUCGGUGCGCGCCCUGGCCGUGCACAAGCGCUUCACGGCCGAGCACGAGUGGGUUUCGUUUGACGACGAGUCCAACGUCGGUACCGUUGGCAUCACCGAAUACGCCCAGAAGAGCCUCGGCGACGUCGUCUUUGUCGAGCUGCCCGCCGCAGACAGCGAGGUCAAGCAGGGUGACGACGUCGGAGCCGUCGAGUCGGUCAAGGCGGCUUCGGACAUCUACGCUCCCGUCACUGGCGUAAUUGAGUCGGUCAACGAGCAGCUGAGCAGCGAGCCGGGCCUGCUCAACAAGGACCCCGAGGGCAAGGGCUGGCUGUGCAAGAUCCGCCUGACGCAGCCGCAGGAGUUUGAGUCGCUCCUGUCUGCCGAGGCCUACCAGAAGCUGUGCGAGAACUAG